CAUUUCGAUAUGACCAAGACCGAUGGUGUUAACAUCGGUUCGGCCCAGUCGAGUCGCACUCAAAUCCUUGAAGUUGCACGACCUUUUCGGAUGUCUCGGACACAUUGCCUGGACGUCGACACUACGACGACCAACAAAUCCAGUGUUGUGUCACCAAGCCUGGCGCCGCGAUACUGCCCGGCUCUCCAAGGCAAAGCUGCUGCUACGUGUGCCCGUGAAAUAUUGGAUGAGCCCGUUUCCACUCUUCUGGAAGAGGCCCUUCAGAGGUCAGGCGCCUCCGCGUUCUUUCUAGCAGCCACCUUGCUGGAUGCCUUAUUUGAUCACAUCCAGGGUGCCCCUCUGGUUCCGAACGGCCCCUUCCAGAUAAGUCUUGAACAAAGCAUAGUCCAAACCCCUUACCAGCUUGUUUGCCAAGAGCUCUCCCGUCUUGUUCCAGAGCCUGUGACUUCGCUAGACCGAGCCGCGCAGACCGAUUGGUUGGAUAACGAAGUGCGGAGCCUGUUGCAAUGCCCAGACCUCGAGAAAGGUUUACAAGCCGCUAUCCCAGGCUUUCGACUUUGGCAUGUUGCCGAAGCCCCCGGCCAUCCCACCCAGGUUGACAUUUACACUGAUGGGUCGGCCAACGGCCGUGCCGAGCCACUUGCCUCUGCCCCGUGUGGCUGGGCUUUCAAUGUUUGGGUCACGACCCCAAGUGGGCUCCUCUUUUACGGUUCUGCAGCUUCUACUGCCACACCCCCAGGCACGAUUUUCUGCCUGGGUGAGGCCAAUGACUCGCCGUUAACAAGCGAAUUGCUUGCCAUAGCCUGGGCUUUAUGCUGGGUUAUAGAGUUUGGGCCGGCUUUCCGUUGCCCCAUCUGUCUCCACUAUGACUGUCUCGCCGCCGGCGAUGGGUCCUUUGCAGACGCACACUGUGCAUCGAUUCCAACAGUGGAUGGAUAUCCGCCCCUAAGUGAAAGUACAGCUCUGUUCCGCCAAAUUGCCAUGAGGCGUACAGACCUCAGGCAUGCAUACGUACCAGGCCAUCGAGGCGAAACAGGUAACGAGCUCAGUGAUGCUCUAGCCAAAAGAGCUCGCUUGUGUCCCCGCACCUGUGAGGAGCGCGUACUCCCACAAUGGCCGUCCCUACUUGUCCAGCAUCCUAUGUUUGCGUGGGCGUGGCUUGUUGCUCAUCCCACCCCGGACAUGCCAACGUUGUACGCGUUUGAGGCUGAGGCCGACAGGCUGCAACAUACGACACCAAGUGAUCGGCCACCACCCAGUCUCGGUUUGCACGUGUACCAGCCCAAGCCUACCCGCCCAGUGCACUAUCACCUUUGCGCCAUGACAUACAACGUGCUCACGCUGCUGGAUAAGCACCCUGGCACCACUGGCGUACGACAACCCGUCGGCAUGCGCCUGCACGGUCGGCGGCACUUGCUCAUACGACAAGUGCGAGACAGACAGGUCCUUUUCCUUGGACUUCAGGAGACUCGCGUCCAGGAUGCUGCUACACUCCCGGACAAGGAUUUCUGGCUCCUCCACGCCCCAGCUAACACAGCUGGACAGUACGGAUGUGCAUUGUGGGUGAACAAGCUGCAGCCCUAUGCUGUAUGUGGAGAUCAGAGCUUUUGUCUUGAGCUUUCACACCUGACGGUCGCGUCUUUCUCUGCGCGGCAUCUUCUUGUACAUGUCCUUGCGCCGCACCUCCGUGUAGCGGUACUUGUUGCGCAUGCACCAUCCAACCCACAGGAUACAGGUGGGGAAGUACGUGCCUUUUGGGCUGCCAGAACUCAAGAAAUGCGCCGUCUCCCCAAAGGGACGCCUUUGAUCCUCCUUACAGACGCCAAUGCACGCACUGGCAGCCUCGAAAGUGAGGCUAUCGGGGCACAAGGCGCAGAAACCGAAACACCAGCUGGUGAAGCCUUCCACGAUUUCCUACUUGCACAAGGGCUGUACGCUCCCUCCACCUUUCCGGCCAUCCAUAUCCCUGCAGGGCGCCGUGCUAUGCCCAAGAAGGCACAGCGACCGCAACAGACCUUCCUGACAACUGCCAGUCUCGACCAGAUCCGUCACCGCAAGGACUUGCGCAAUCGCCUCCGUCUUGCGGAGCAAGAGACCGCUAGGACGUUGCUAGGUUCGGAACACCUCAUUGCUGCCACAGAGGAGCUUUUUGCGGGCACCUGGUUUCGCCUUGACCAGUAUAGCGAACUCGUCACCACCAGGGCCGGCGUUAGGUACUUGUUGGGAUCGCUUGUUGGAUCCAAAUUCGCCUACGGAUCUGCUGCUCUGGAGCUGCAUGCUUCCAGCCACUGGAGACUCUGGGCUCGGCUUUACACCGCGAUAUGGCGUGCACUGCGUCCUAGAGCCCUUGCCACGGAGAAAAUGCAUUCCUAUGUCACCGAGGUAUAUCAGGCCGAGGCUGCAGAUAAAGUGCUACGGAAAAAGAUCCUUGGAGGGGAAUGGCAGCAUUUUGCCGCCGCACCGCCCGCGCUCCAGGCCUCCGGACCCAGGCAGCUCACCCGUGACGAGAUGUUACAUUGGCUGGGCGACGAAGCGCCCCUCAGCAUGCUACGGCGGCCAGUUGCAGACCCCGCUCUCCUAGCCUGGGUCCAAGCGGAGAUCCCAAAAAGCAGCACC